CGUGUUUUCCCCUCCGCGCCAGGCGCAACGCUGUGGCCGCUGCAGUCCGCUUGAGGUUAGAGGAAGAUGAAUCUGCAAAGAAGAUCCAGAAGGAGUGUCCAGGAAGGGAGGAAAGCAAGAGGGAAAGAUGCUAGAACCACAGGAGAAUGGCUUGAUUGACCUACCAGAUUAUGAGCGCAUAGAAGAUGAAACUUUUCCUCCAUUCCCACCUCCAGCCUCUCCAGAGAGAGAUGGUGAAGGAGCUGAACCUGGUGAAGAAUCUGGGAGAGGAGCACCUGUUCCUGUACCUCCAAAGAGAACAGUUAAAAGGAAUAUACCCAAGUUGGAUGCUCAGAGAUUAAUUUCAGAGAGAGGGCUUCCAGCAUUAAGGCAUGUGUUCGAUAAAGCAAAAUUCAAAGGUAAAGGUCAUGAGGCUGAGGACUUGAAGAUGCUAAUCAGACACAUGGAGCACUGGGCACAUAGGCUAUUCCCUAAACUGCAAUUUGAAGAUUUUAUUGACAGAGUUGAAUAUCUGGGAAAUAAAAAGGAAGUUCAGACCUGUUUGAAACGAAUUCGACUUGAUCUACCUAUUUUACAUGAUGAUUUUAUUAGCAAUAAUGAUGAUGUUGGAGAAGAUAAUGGCCAUGAUGUAACUGUUACUGAAUUAGACCCCUUUUUGACAAACUCAUCUGAAAGUGCAAAGUUUGCUUCUGAGUCAAGUAGAAGCCUAACAGAAGAACAACAACAAAGAAUUGAGAGAAAUAAACAAUUGGCCUUGGAAAGAAGACAGGCGAAGCUACUGAGUAAUAGUCAAUCUCCAGGAAAUGACUUGCUAAUGAACACACCCAGCGCACAAACACUUGAAAAGGAUAAUAAAGGUGAAGAUCAAAAAGAGGAAGAAUCAAAUGGAUUUAACAAAGAACUUCUAGACAAUCCUCAUAAUGAUGCUGCUGCCAAUACUGUAAAUGAAGAGGAGGACUUAAAUAUAGAGAUAACACAACUGGACCAAUCCUUUUAAAAGGUACAACAGUAACUUAAGUCAUCUAGAAAUGUUACUGCGGUUUGAUAGACCUCAACUGAGAAAAAUCUAUUAAUUUACUAUCUUCAGAAUUUGAGAUGACUACCACUUAGUCUGCUUUACGUAAAAAUCCUUAUUUAGUGAAACUUUUAAAGAUUCGUCUUUAAAAUCUGGUAUUGUAUAUAAUGAUACUUGUUUCUUAUUAACUUUCAUUCAGUCUAUUUAUUGUCCUUAGUGUUUAUUUUUAUAAUAGGCAUGACUUUGUAAAAAUGAUCGGUAGUUAAUAAUAAGUAGCUUCUGCUGCUAGUGUGCCAUUGAAUGCCCUGUUUUACUAAAUUGGGUGGUGUUUUAAGUUGUAAAUAUAUAAAAAUAUUAAUGUUCUUUUUCUAAAAAAUAAAAAUUCCACACACUAUCCCUAGAGGCUUUAUAAAAAUUUCUUACUGCUAUUUAUUUAUAUUUUUUGCCUUUUGUCGCUUUUUUUUUUAGGGCUGCACCUGUGACACAUGGAGACUCCCGGACUAGGGGUCUAAUUGGAGCUGUUGCUGCAGGCCUAUGCCAGAGCCACAGCAACGCCAGAUCCGAGCCACGCCUGCGACCCACACCACAGCUCACGGCAACGCUGGAUCCCCAACCCACUGAGUGAGGCCAGGGAUCGAACCCACAACCUCAUGGUUCCUAGUCGGAUUUGUUUCCACUGCGCCACAACAGGAACUCCUCUUAUUGCUAUUUAGUUCUGCACUUUAUACUUGUGGUAAAAUGUUAACAGUUGUUAUACAUGUUUACAUGUAUUUUGGGGAGUCACAUUAAUACUUAAAAAGUCACAACAUGAGGAGUUUCCACUGUGGUACAGUGGGGUAAGGAGUCAGCAUUGUCUCUGCGUGGUGCCGGUUUGAUCCCUGGCCUGGCACAGUGGGUUAAAGAAGCCAGCAUUGCUAUAGCUGCAGCUCUAAGUUGAUUCUAUAUGCCAUGGGUAUGGCCAACACAAAAAAAGAAGAAAGUCACAUGAAGAGUGCCUGGCCUGCAUAGGUGCUAGGGAAGUUCAAAUGCUCCUGACUAGUUAGAAAAACUUGGGAAGUAUCAUAGGGAACACAGACCACUUUGGGAGGAUUCACAGGAGACCUUGAGUUGGCAGGCAGGCCAAGGAUUGGGAAGAACAUGUACCAUGAUGAUACAGAAAUGAAUAGCUAGGAAAUACAAGAUUUGGGAAUGGUGAAUAUAAGGCUGAAGUGUUAGGGCCACAUAGUGAAAAGACCUAAUUGGAGUUUUUUCUGCCUGAGUUUAUCAACUUGGUAGAGGGGUAAUUAUAGACUGGAAGUACCAUGUUAAGAGUUAGGUUUAAAAGUCUUUCUAGUUCUUGGCAGGAGAUUUCCAUGGGAGAGAGGGAAAGGCAAACCUAGUUUUUACAGAUUAGGACAUGGGAAGGUUGCUUUUUGUGGGAAAGACUGGCAGAGAGAUGGUGCUGAGUAAAAGGUCUGUAGCAAGGGUUAAGGCCAGUGCAGCUGCUCAUCAUCUGAGGAGGACCACUCAACAAAGUGAGAGUGUGAAAAGAGAGGUGUGAGAGAAUGGACUCUAUCCUGUGCACCGCACCCCACUCUCUAUGCCCUAGCCCCAACCAGUGCCAGGGACAGCAGGGGGCAUUUGAGUCAAAUGUGAAAUAGGUUUAAAGUGGAUAGGACCAUCUCAUUAUCUGAACGUGAGAAGUUAAUCUGACAGAUGUCAGAGGGACCUAUGACCCAAACGGCCCAAUGUAGCAAUUACUGGAAAAAUUAAAAUUUACUUUGAAUUAACUGAUUUGUCUUUUUUUUUGGGGGGGGGUCUUUUUGAAGGCCGCACCCGUAGCACAUGGAGGUUCCCAGACUAGGGGUCUAAUUGGAGCUGUAGCCGCCGGCCUACGCCAGAGCCACAGCAACACCAGAUCUGAGCCUAGCCUGUGACCUACACCACAGCUCAUGGCAACGCCGGAUCCUUAACCCAAUGAGCGAAGCCAGGAAUCGAACCUGCAACCUCAUGGUUCCUGGUCGGAUUCCUUUCCACUUUGCCACAAAGGGAACUGCCCAGAAAUAACUGAUUUGAGACAAGCUAACCAAAAGUCAAUUCUGGGUUUAUUAACAAGGCAACCUGAUUUGCAGAGCCAUGACUCAGUAUCUAAUUGUCUGAAAAAUCACUUUCCAUAGUAACCUAAUUGUACUUUAUUUAAUGCAAAUUUAAUACUGAGAAAAAUAUUCCACACAUACCAACUAGAACACUGGGUGACACAGGAAAUUAGAUAUGCAUGUCGAAAAGAAGGUGAAACAUUCACAUACGACAAAGGUCUUUCAAUGAAAUAAGAGUAUUUCAUAUUCCAUAACUGUUCGAAACAUCCAGUAGAGCUAGGUCUCUUAUCUCCUCUAGAAGUGUGUAUAGGCUUCUUCCCUUUGUUUGGCAAUAUUUUUGAUAGUCUUCUUCAAUGACAUUUACUUUGACUUCUUGAGCAAGCUGAGCUUCCUCCACAGAUCUAGUUACUUCUUUUACUAAGUCACUCUUUAGCAAGAGGGCACUCUGAUGAAAAAGUUCAGUAUCUGGUAUCAUGUAUGGUUUGUUGCUUAUUAUUUCAAGCCUUAUUGUAUCAGCAUGGCAACGGGAGGCCUGUACAGAUAUUCGCACCUAUUAUAGAGGAGAAAAUGCGUAUUACUAAAUUACAUUCUUUGUUCUUUGUAUUGAAAGCUGUAUUUAAUGUACAUACAGACUUACUGUUAUAUGGUCAAACAAGUGGAAUGUAACAGAUUCUCCUCCUGUUGUGGUAGAGGUGAUUUUGUUUUGAAAUCGUUGAAGGGAUCCUGGUUUCCAUUCACAAUGGCUAUCUUGGCCGCAUGAGAUCACCAGACCAUCUUUAUUUUUUAGAUAAGCAGCACCUUUAAUCCCAAACCUGAAUCAUUGCCAGAAUUAGAAUCCAGGGAUAUUAUAUUCUUAAUUUGCAUAUCUUAUAUACUUAUCUAGAAUGCUAGUUUUUCUUCUAGAUUAAAAAUGGCUUUUCCAAAAAACCAAAAACCAAAAAAAAAAAACCCCUACAGCUUUUUCUCUAUUUACCUCCAAGCAUCUCUUCCACUGAGCAGAUGGAAACAAAAUGUUUUGCUAAAUAAGUAAAAUUCUAUCCUAAGAGUGAUACAGAUGUACUAAAUUCUAAUCUCCUUUUAUACUUAAAUAAUGAAUUUACAUUAUGUACAUGUGGUAACUACAAAAGAGUUGCAUUUAUUUUAAAAUGUUUUAUUUAAUUAAUUAAUUUGGCUGCAGCUGCGACACGUGAAAGUUCCCAGAGCAGAGAUUGAACCUGUGCCACAGCAGCAACUCAGGUUGCUGCAGUGACAAUGCCAGAUUCUUAACCUGAUGCUCCACAAGGUAACUUCUAAAAGUAAAUGUUUUAAUAAAUUAUAUUUAAUGUACUGUUUAUAUCCAGUGUCUGUACUUUUAGAUUAAGUACAGACAUUACUUGAUUUCUUAACUACUGUGUUAGAAAUAACGUACCUUGGUAUAAAUACAAGCACACCAUUUGUCCUAAUUGAAUAAAUAACCCCAUCAGAUAUGCAACGCUCCUCAGUGUCUGGGUCUUUGUCUUUAAAAUACAUGCAUUGGAAGAGCUCAGUAGACUGCUUCUGACAGUGCUGUGCUGCCUGGAAGAAGAAACACAACCCCAAAGCAUGAUGACAGACUUCCCUGACACUCCCAGAAGAAACAUGGGAUUCAUAGUCUCACAGCAACAAUGUCUUUUGAAAAAGGCUAGGUUUCAGAAAACUAUUAAUAAAAAUAUUCUCUAUUAUGAAUUAUAUCAAUUUUUGUGAGACCCUUUAUCAUUCCCUCAAAAACGUCUUAAAAGAUUUUAAGAAAACUUGUUUGUCAUUCAGGGAAAGUGUCCAGGACUAUGUUUUACCUUUAUUUUCAAGUCUUUCCUACCAAAACCCUGCUGGUGGAAGUAUAAAUUAGAGGGCAAUUUAGUAACAUGUAUCAAAGUUUUAUUUGUGCACCCUUUUGACUCAGCAACUCAUUAUUACCAGGAAUUUUAUCCAGGCAAAUUGUGAGAAGUCUGUAAAAGUGUAUACCAAGGAUGCUUGUAAACUAGAUUGCCUGGACUAGAGCUGCCUAACAGAACUUUCUGCAGAGAUGGAAAUGUUCCGUAUCUGUGUGGUCGCAUAGGUAGCCACUAGCCCAGCAUGUCUCUUGGGCAUAUGAGAUGGGCUUAGUGCAACUGAGGAACUGAAUUUUAAAUUUUUAUUAUUUUAAGUUUUAAUUUUUUUUUUGCUGUUUAGGGCCACACCUAUGGCAUAUGGAAGUUCUCAGGCUAGGGGUCGAAUCAGAGCUGCAACUGCCAGCCUACACCACAGCCACAGCAACGCUGGAUCCAGGGUGGGGUAGGGAUCAAAGCCAAGUCCUCGUGGAUACUAGUAGGGUUCAUUACUGCUGAGCCAUAAUGGGAACUCUGAAUUUUUAAUUUUUAAGUUAAAAAAAUUUUAAUUUAAAUAACCAAGAUAGGGAAUGGUUAUAAGACUGUACAAUAUCAAACUAGAACAUUGGAUAUAAAAAUUAUAUUAAAUAUUCAGUUUCCAAACUUAUGUAUCACCAAAUGGUCUAGUGCAAAGCUGUGCAACAUUAUGGCCACUAACUAGCAACAAUAUAAAACAAUACAAAGCAGCUUCUAAAACAAUGAUAUAAGUAUAUUGACAAGGUGUGCUUAAUGUGUGUUUAAAAGGCAGAUUUCAAACAGGUAUGAUCCAAUAUUUCUAUAAAUAAAAAGCACUAUCUGGAAUUGUUAAUAAUGGUUAUCUGUGGGUGGUAAGGUGAUACUGUUUCACAUGUCUACAUUUUUAGAAGAAUGUUUAACCCGUGUCAAAUCUCAAAAUCAACAUUAAGUUACUUCAGAACAUUUGUCAAUGUAUUGAGUUACUCAACAAACUUUAUAUUUUUCCUAUUUCAUUGUUGGAAUAAUUCUAGAGUUCAAUUUCCUAGAAUAUGUGGUACUUCAUUCUGUUACACAAUAAAGCUGAUACUCUGUUAGCAAAAGAGAUGAUGGGUAAUAGAAUUAAAAAUUCCCUCUUA